AUGGACGCAUCCAACAGCUCGAGAAACAUCAUGGAAACUGUGUUCCAGACGACUAAUGACGUCCAUCCGUCAAGCGACGAAGAUAUGUCGCAUCAACGGAACUGUGCGCCCAGGUGCCGAGACAGACUGCGCGAAUUUACCCAGGAGACAACCCUGCAUGGGAUUCGUUUUACAACGGAUUCUAAAAGCAACAUAUACCGCAGGUUGAUGUGGGUGUUGUUUGUCUCCCUCGGUACAGCUGGUGUUGUUAUUACUCUAAAAGACAGCGCAAUACGUUUCAUUGCUCAACCUGUAACCACUGUCGUGGAAAUUCAUCAUCCAAAUGCCGUGCCAUUUCCCGCUGUAACUGUGUGCAACUACAACAAAUAUAGACAAAGCGUCCUGGCCGGUACAUGGGCGGAGGAUCUUUUGUACAAGAUGUACGGUUCACCAGUACAGGGAGAAAUAGGGGAGGUGGACUGGUCGAAUUAUACGGACGUGAUAACUAACCUAAACCGGACUGCUUUUGAAAUGGAGGCUGCUCACCAGAUCGAAGAUAUGCUAAUCGCGUGCACGUGGUCGUCGGAGACUGCGUGUGGACCGGAAAACUUCACAAAUGUGAUGACAAACUAUGGCGUAUGCUAUACGUUUAACGGGGAUGUGAAGAAUGGUUUGACAGUGAAAAAUCGUGGAAGUAUGUUCGGCCUGUAUAUGGUAUUGGACAUUGAACAGCACGAAUAUAUGCCAGGUGUUUCUAAAGGAGCGGGCGUGAAAAUAAUGACACAUACACAAACCGACGUACCGCUUGUGAACGAAGUUUCAAUGUCAUUCGGACCGGGAAUGGACUCCACAAUCGCACUUAGAUUACAUCAGACUAAGCUGUUGAGAUGCACCAAUCAACCCUUGCAAUAUUUUGAUGUGUAUUCAAGGGCAAACUGCGAAAUGGAAAGUUUCACUCUCGCUGCAACCAAGUCAUGUACGUGCAGAGAACCAUAUAUGCCGGAAGAGAGUGAAUUAUCAUGUGAGUCGGCGUGUCAAGAAGUUAUCUAUGAUUCUACCAUCAGUUAUGGAUCUUAUCCGUCUCUACAAAUACUGAAGAAAAUACAAUUGAUGAGAAAUAUAACAGAAGCUGAAAUUAGAGAAAAUUAUUUAGCAAUCAGUGUUUUUAUCGAAGAUCUUACCGUCCUAUCAACAGAAGAAGAAUACUCCUAUACGUAUGAUGCUUUUCUUGGUGAUAUCGGUGGACAAUUCGGGCUAUGUCUGGGAGCGAGUUUAUUGACACUGUUGGAAUUCUUCGAUUUCCUUAUGAUGUCGUUGUGUGGUGCUUGUAGACGAUGGUAUAAUAGAAGUCGCAAACAAUGA